AUGGAAUGUGAAGGGAGCCUCAGUCCGAGUGAAACACUGCAAUCCCAUCAAAGGACCCACACAGGGCAGAAGCCGUAUAAAUGUAUGGAAUGUGGGAAGAGCUUUAGUCAGAGUGAGACACUGCGUUCCCAUCAAAGGACCCACACAGGGGAGAAGCCAUAUAACUGCAUCGAAUGUGGAAAGAGCUUCAGUCAGAGUGGACAUCUGCAAUCCCAUCAAAGAACCCACACAGGGGAGAAGCCAUAUAACUGCAUGGAAUGUGGAAAGAACUUCAUUCGGAGUGACACAUUGCGUUAUCAUCAAAGGACCCACACAGGGGAGAAGCCGUAUAAAUGCAUGGAAUGUGGAGAGAGCUUCAUUCGGAGUGACACACUACGAUCCCAUCAAAGGAUCCACACAGGGGAAAAGCCAUAUAAAUGCAUGGAAUGUGGAGAGAGCUUCAGUCAGAGUGAAACACUGCGAUCCCAUCACAGGACCCACACAGGAGAGAAGCCAUAUAAAUGCAUGGAAUGUGGAAAGAGCUUUAGUCGGAGUGACACACUGCAUUCCCAUCAAAGAACCCACACAGGGGAGAAGCCAUAUAACUGUAUGGAAUGUGGAAAGAGCUUCAGUCAGAGUGGACAACUACAUUCCCAUCAAAGGACCCACACAGGGGAAAAGCUGUCCUACACAGUAGAGAAGCCAUAUAAAUGCAUGGAAUGUGGAAAGAGCUUUAGUCGGAGUGACUGUCUGCAUUCCCAUCAAAGGACUCACACAGGGGAGAAGCCAUAUAACUGCACGGAAUGUGGAAAGAACUUCUCUCAGAAUGGACAUUUGCAUUCCCAUCAAAGAACUCACACUGGGGAGAAGCCAUAUACCUGCAUGGAGUGUAGAAAGAACUUCAGUCAGAGUAGCAGGCUGCAUUCUCAUCAGAGGACCCAUGCAGGGGAGAAUCCAUAUAAAUGUGUGGAAUGUGGAAAGAGCUUUUCCCAGAGUGGACAUCUGCGUUCCCAUCAAAGGAUCCACACAGGGGAGAAGCCAUAUAAGUGCAUGGAAUGUGGUGGGACCUUUAGUCGGAGUGCCAAUCUGCAUUCCCAUGAAAGGACCCACACAGGAGAGAGGCCAUAUAAAUGCAUUGAAUGUGGAAAGAGCUUCAGUCAGAGUGGCAAACUGCGUUCCCAUCAAAGAACCCACACAGGGAAGAAGCCAUACACAUGCAUUGAAUGCGGAAAGAGUUUCAGUCAGAGUGGAAAUCUGCGUUCCCAUCAAAGGACCCAUACUGGGGAGAAGCCGUAUGAAUGCAUGGAAUGUGGAAAAUGCUUCAGUCAGAGUGGCAGACUGCGUUCCCAUCAAAGGAUCCACACAGAGGAAAGCCAAAUAAGUAUUGAGUAA